CUGUUAAAAUCUUCUGGAACCUGCUGUGGCUCUGUAAUGAGAAAAUAAGAGUAUUCGAGUAUUCUUUUUUCUAUAUGCAGUUAAAAUUUAAUUUUUAUACUAGCUGGAGAUAACUUGAAAUAAAUAAUAAUGGCAAUGCUUUUUCUUAGCAUUUGAAGAUGUCUAAAAAGAAACUGAAGAAAUUAACUGGAAAGGAAGACAGUUUGGAUGGCCGGGAUGACAAAAACAUUGAAGACAUAAGAUCUUACAACUGUACUAUGAAAGGAGAGACAGAAUUUCAGAGAUUCAAAACAGAGAAAGAUGGGCAAGAGGAGAAGCAAGAACGAAGUUCUCAUAGUUCUCAUGGCAAUGACGGAAAAUCCAGAGGAAAAUCUUCAAAUAGAAACAAAACCACAGACAAUUCUUUAAUCCAAACUAAAAAGCAAAAGAAAGUAGUUAUUGAAUUUAAAGACAGAGAAAUUAAACAUGGAAAAAGUACGCGCACUCCUGAUGUUGUGACUACUCGCAAGGAAAGUUACAACAAAAGUCAUCUUGAUGGGACAGAAGGAAAAAGACUCUAUAGCUUUGCGGUUCAGAGGAGCAAGGCACUGAAGAAAAAGACGGAGAAGGCUGAACUUUGUAAACUAAAGUUAAAAGGGGAACAAACUAUGUUGGAAAAAAUUAGGUCAUCUGUCAAUGAUUCACAUGUACCACAUAAAAAGGCACAUGGAAAAAAAAUGAGUGAAGAUGUCAGAAAUUCAAAAAAGCGCUCUGACACUUCUACACGGACUGUGCAUGGUAAUAGGUCUUUCACUAAGAGGCCAAAUAUAUUAUCUAGUACUUGGGAAGAAGAGUAUGAAGAUGAAUGUGAAGAGUUUUCUAAGAAAAAACAGCAUGUGAGUAAACAUACACCCUCACGCUAUUCGACUGAAAUACAACGAUGGGACUCUUGUAAACAGAAGAAACAGAAUGCCGAUUCUUAUAAAGCUGCUGGUAAUACAGAGAAAGAAAAAAGGGACUUCAAAGCCACAUCAUUAUGUUUUAAGCAGACGACUGAUAGAUGUUCUACUUCCAUUCCUACUUGUUUCUCGAAUUUUGAAGUCCCAUGCACCUCUGACACCUACCAAGAAGGUGAGGACACAAAGUCUGUCCAAAAGAGUUCUGAAGUCUUUCCACCUCUUCAAGACAGUCAGAUCUCUGAAACAGACCAAGAGAUGCAGAUAAUUGAAGAUUUGCAUGUUGCCCGUGUUCAGAAGAGGAUGAUGCUGUCUGUAGUAGAGACUUGUGGAGAACUUACAAGUAUGGAAAUAGAUCUUCCAGAGCAGGAUUUAAAUACUUCUGCUGAGACUUUUCCUUCUGGUCUGAACAUACUAGUGGUGAUUGACACAAAUAUAAUGAUUAGUCACCUUGAGUUUGUCAGAUCCCUGAAAUGUGAGAAUAUACCAGGUGUUGGCAGACUUGCAUUAAUAAUUCCCUGGGUUGUUCUACAAGAGCUGGACAACUUGAAGAAGGGGAAAAUGCUGCAGCAUGUUCGGGACAAAGCUAUCCCUGCAGUCCAGUUCAUCUACAUGUGUCUCAAAAACCAAGAUUCAAAAUUGUGGGGACAAUCCAUGCAGCUUGCUUCUCAAAAAAUAUAUGGCCUGAGUGACGAGAACAAUGACGAUCGUGUUUUACAAUGUUGUCUGCAGUAUCAGAACCUCUUUCCUCAAGCUGUUGUCAUACUCUGCACGGAUGAUAAAAAUUUAUGUAAUAAAGCCAUUGUGAGUGAGGUCAAGGCAUUCUGCAAAGCUGAUUUAGUUACUGUUCUACAGAAUCUGAAUGUAAACAUGCAGCAGAACUGUUUUGAGUUGCAGCAGACAAAAUGUGAUGCAGAAUUCAAGAAAACGGGAAGAGGUCUUACGGCACAAUGUCCAGAUAUACUUCCAGACCUUGAAAAGAACUUAGGAGAAGCUUUAUCUUGUAUUCUGGAGACUGAAAUGAAAAUCGCAUUUGGAAACCUAUGGAUGGAGAUACUGUAUCUGAAGCCACCAUGGACAUUAGCAAGCUUGCUGAAGUGUUACAGAAAACACUGGGUGGCUGUUUUUGGUUAUAUUGUGCCAAGGAGUUUGCUUUCAACUAUUGAAUGUCUCUAUGGACACCUUUGUACAGGUAAACCAGUUGACCCUUCAACAGUGUGUAUCUUGCUCGAGGAAUCCAAAAAAUUAUUCCAUGCUUUCAGUUCAAGGUCAGAUUAUAAUGGUGUACUUCCUCAAGCUUAUGCUGAAGUGAAUAAGCUAUACCAAACACUUACAGAGGUGAGGUCAGACAAUGAGCAGGAUUUAUCAGAAGACAUCAUGGUUCUUUCAGAAAAUGCUGUAUGUGAAAAAAUGGAAGCAGUGACACCAAAUCUACAAAGCUCUGAAGAAAAAAAGUUACAUCCAAGCUUUCAUGCAUCUCAAGAAAGCAGGCACCAGGAAAUCUGGUCAGUCCUUGAAGGUGUAUGGAAUACAAUAAACUUGUACAGUAUUGAAAUUUUCCAAAAGUUGGGCCCUGGCACGGUAACUGUGACUGCAAAAUCUUCAUUUGAAGAAGCUCUUUUAGGUCUGCAGAAACUGAUGUCAGCUGUGAAUGAUAUCCGUGAAGGAAUUAGUAGAAUUUUGACCCCAACCAGUAGUUUCCAAGAUAUUUGGGCCCUCUAUAACUUCCUUAUAAGCAAUGAGGUAAAUAACAGUAUGAAAUUCACUGCUGAGGAGCUUUAUGAGUGUGUUUCACAAGAGAUAUAUCGGAAAAGGUUAGAAAUUGGAUGUUGCCAGCUGGUCCAGCUGGAACACACCAUUAAGCAGUGCCAUGCAUCAGUUCAGACAGAAGCCAACAACAGGGGCUGGCUGUGACACCUGGGUGAAGGUUUGGAGCUCUGCUGCUCACCCCUUGCGCUUCCCUUGUCCA